AUGGGGGAGGCGUCUGACGGCUUGUCUCCCUCGCGGGUGCGUGAGCUUCUCCACGCCACUUUGGGAUUUUCAACGCGCGCGGUUGCAGACAUGGUCCUGGACGCUGCUCUUUCUUCUUCUUCUCUCUCUUCUCUCUCUUCUCGCCUCCAAGAGGUCGGCCUCUCUCCCUCACAAGCUUCUCGCCUAGCGACUGUCCUCUCCUCCGAACGGGGUGCUUCUUCUUCUUCCUCUUCUUCUUCCUCUUCUUCUUCCUCUUCUUCUUCGUUUUCUUCCUCUUCUUCUCUCCCUCCUUCUUCUGCUUCUCGUCCGCGAGAGGGAUCGCGUUCGGUGUCUCCGGACUCGAAGCGCGCCCGCACUGGAGACUCUGUGGAGGAGAGGAGGCGCGCAGAGGAGGAAGACAUUGCAGAGCGCGACGCGUUCGCUGCCCGCCUGCGCGCGCGCGAACAGGCGAGUUCCAGGAAGGUGGGCGCCGGACGCCUUCGUCACUCCGAGUUGGAGAAAGAAGGCGAGGCGGAGCAAGAAAAAGAACAAGACCGAGCGGGAGGCGCGGACCUGGACGACCCGCUGGCGAUCCUUCUGGAGGCGAGGAAGGGGAGAAACGAGAAGCUCCGAGACAAUGAGGACUAUGUGAAGCGUCUGCGAGAGGAGACGCGCCGAGCGUACCUGAAGAAGCGCGAGGAAGACCGCAUAGAGUUCGCCGAGAGGACUCUGAGGGAGAAGCAGUGGAUGUUUGCCGGCGAGAAGCUGACGGAGAAGGAGAAGAAGGACCUCGAGGUGGAACGCACAACUCUGGAGCUGGCCAAGACGGUCGUUCGGGAGCGCGAGUCGCAUGGCGUCGUCGACGCGUACGUGAUGCCGGACUCGUACGACGAGGACCAGGCAGCGCGCCUAAAAGUCAUGCAUCAAAAAUACGUGGAGGCGAAGGAACAUGUCAGCGAGCAACUCCUUGUCGAGCGACAGAAAGCAGCGCAUGCGCGCGUCGCCUUCGGUGCACAGCGUGGACGAGACGCCGCGGCGAAAGCCUACUCGCUGUUGAACGAAGAAGGCGCUGCGAUCGACUUCGAGCUCCUCGAAACGCAUGGCAAACAACCCCUCGACGAUGAGGACUGGAACCUCUCAAGAGACGAAAAAGAAGAGAAAGCCACACACCAGCGGAAACUCGCCAGACUCUCUCUCCAGGAGGAGCGGAAGAUGUUGCCUGUCUACGCCUUCCGGACGGAGUUCCUGCGAGCCGUUCGCGAGUACCCAGUCCUCAUCGUGGUCGGCGAGACAGGCAGCGGGAAGACGACUCAACUGCCGCAGUACCUCUACGAAGUCGGCUACGGCAAAGCUGGCAAAAUCGGCUGUACGCAGCCGCGAAGAGUUGCGGCCAUGUCAGUCGCCGCCCGCGUCGCGACCGAAGUCGGAUGCAGGCUCGGCCUCGAGGUGGGCUAUUCAAUUCGGUUCGAGGACUGCACUUCAGACAGAACAGUUCUGAAAUACAUGACGGAUGGGAUGCUCCUUCGAGAGUUCCUUACCGAGCCGGACCUCGCCAGCUACUCCGUCAUGAUGAUCGACGAAGCUCAUGAACGGACGCUCCACACAGACGUUCUCUUCGGCCUCGUCAAGGAUCUCGCGAGAUUUCGAAACGACUUCAAGCUCAUUGUUUCCUCCGCCACUUUGGAGGCGGAGAAGUUUUCCGAGUACUUUGAUCGAGCGCCGAUUUUUCGCAUUCCUGGGAGACGGUACCCUGUCCAGAUUUACUACACGAAAGCUCCAGAGGCAAACUUCAUCGAUGCCACCGUCGUCACUGUUUUGCAGAUUCAUUUAACGCAGCCUCUCGGUGAUGUCCUCGUCUUCCUGCCUGGGCAACAAGAAAUCGAGGAAGCUCUCGAGGAGCUCGAGCGAAGAGUUCGGGGGCGAGGAACGGAGAUCGGGGAGUUGAUUCUGUUGCCAAUUUACUCAACGUUGCCCGGCGAGCUGCAGGCGAAGAUUUUCGCGCCCACUCCGGAGAAGGCGAGGAAGGUCGUUCUCGCGACGAACAUCGCAGAGACUUCCAUCACGAUCGACAACAUCGUCUACGUCAUCGACUGCGGCUUCUGCAAGCAGAAUACCUACAGUCCUAAAACCGGAAUGGAGUCGCUGGUCACCGUUCCUUGCAGCAAAGCAGCAGUGAACCAGCGAGCGGGGCGCGCCGGACGAGUGAAGCCAGGUCACUGUUUCCGACUGUACACGCGCUUCUCUUACGAGAAGGAAAUGGAAGACGCAAACAUUCCAGAAAUCCAGCGAACGAGUCUCGGUCAUGUCGUUCUCGCGCUGAAGAGUCUGGGGAUCGACGACCUCAUAAACUUCGAUUUCAUGGACCCACCGCCUCCGGAGACGCUCAUCAAGGCUCUCGAACUCUUGUACGCUCUCGCCGCCCUCAAUGACAAGGGUCAGUUGACGAAGCUAGGACGACGCAUGGCUGAGUUCCCGCUGGAGCCAAUGUACUCGAAAAUGAUUCUUCAGGGAGAGAAAUACAAGUGUGUCGAUGAAUGCAUCACCAUAUGCGCCAUGCUCGGCGUGGGCAACAGCAUCUUCUACCGACCCAAAGACAAAGCGAUGCAUGCAGACAACGCAAGGAAAAACUUCUUUCGACCGGGGGGCGACCAUCUCACUCUCCUCAACGUCUACAAACAGUGGGAGGAAACCUCUUUUUCGGUACCCUGGUGCUACGAGAAUUUCAUCCAGCAUCGAUCGAUUCAGCGCGCUCGAGAUGUGCGAGAGCAGCUUCUCGACCUUCUCGACAGAGUUGAAGUUGAACUUUCUUCCGAUCCGACCGACGAAAGCGCCAUCAAAAAAGCAGUGACUGCCGGAUUUUUCACUCAGGGUGCCCGCUUGAAUCGGAAUGGAACCUACUCGACGAUUAAGCAGCCACACACCGUGGAGAUUCAUCCGCACUCCAGCUUGUUUGGCGAGAGUCCGAAGGUCGUCCUGUACACCGAGUUGGUCUUGACAACCAAGGAGUACAUGCGAAACGUCUUGGAGAUUCGCCCUGACUGGCUGCUCGAGGUGGCGCCUCACUUUUACCGAGACAAGGAACUCGAGCUCGGGAGAAUGCCUCUCCAAAUGAAGCAAAGGCAGAGAAUCAAACAAGAAACUGACUGA